AUGCCCUUUUCUACUGGCAAGGAGGACCUGCUCCAGCUGAACCGAGAGCAAUUCGACUUCAACGUACAGUUCGAGCAGCUGUUCUUCUCCAUCAUACCGUCAGUGUUGUUCAUCGUAACAUCAGUAUGGCGCACGCUUUCCCAAGCACGAAAGCCCUCCGUGGUGAAUGCUCCGGUUUUCCAGCUCAUUAAAGUGGGUGCUAUCAUAACCUAUGUUGCGCUUGAACUCGCACUCCUCAUCUUGGCUGCGGCUGGAUUCUUCCGUGUGACCAGCAUGUUUAUUGCUGCAUCUGCCCUCAAACUCGUGUCAGCUCUCCUAAUGAUAACGCUCAGCGCUGUUGACCACAGUAGAAGCCCGAGGCCGUCCGUGCUAUUAAGUAUCUACUUGUCUCUGACUCUUCUCCUAGACGCGGCUCAGGCUAGAACGCUGUUUCUGUCAUCACUUGGCAAGCCCGAGCUUACCUACAGCAGCAUAUUCAGUGCUGCUAUAGCCCUAAAAGCUGCAGUAUUGCUGUUGGAAGCCAAAGAAAAGUCCCCAUGGGUACGCUGGGACGAGAAAGAGCACAGUCCAGAGGAGACGAGUGGCAUAUUUUCCCUUGGCGUCUUCUUCUGGCUUAACAAGAUGUUCCUCUUGGGAAACAGCAAAAUCUUGACCGUUGAGGACCUGUACCCUCUCGACAGCGCCUUUGACGCCAAGACGCUCCACGACGAGUUCUCUAAGAACAUAGAUUACUCCAAACUGAGGGGCGAUAAGUUUGGUCUGCCAAAGGUGCUCGUACGCACACUCAGAGUCCCUCUUCUAAUUCCCAUCCUCCCACGCCUCGCGAUGCUGGGUUUCACCUUUUGUCAACCGCUUUUUAUGGAAAAGCUUUUAGACUACCUAUCCCAGCCUGAGCUCGACGCAAAUGUCGGAUAUGGCCUUAUCGGCGCCAGCAUGUUGAUUUACUCGGGAAUUGCUAUCUCCACGGCCUUAUACUGGUACUUCCACAACCGAGCGCGUACUAUGACAAGAUCGAUACUAGUCACCGAGAUCUUCAUUAAAGCCACGAGGGCUCGAAUCGGAAUCGCCGAUGACAGUGCUGCGCUGACUUUAAUGAGCACAGACAUGGAGCGAAUUAGGAUUGGCUUAAGGUCUCUGCAUGAGAUUUGGGCCGGCAUGAUACAGGCUGCUCUAGCUGCGUGGAUGCUGUACAACCGACUUGGCGUGGUUUUCGUGGCACCCAUCGGGAUUGUUAUAGUCUGCUUCACCGGCUUGGGGAUCCUAAUGAGCUUCACUGGGGACUCGCAGAGAGCCUGGAUGGCAGGAGUCCAGAAGCGUGUUGGUCUGACGGCCACGGUCAUCGCCAACAUGAAGAACUUGAAGAUAUCUGGCCUCUCUGCUGCCGUCAGCAGCUUUGUGCAGAAGCUCCGCCUUGAGGAGCUAGCGGCGGGAGCCCGAUUCCGCAAGGUAUUCAUCACUGCGGCCCUCUUUGGCUUCAUUCCGCAGCUAAUCAGCCCGCCACUAACCUUCGCAUUUACUCAACAAACAUUGGAUGCCUCAACAAUGUUCACGUGCCUUGCUUUCCUUGCGCUUUUGACCAACCCGCUGUUGCUGAUCUUCGACUCCUCCCCCCAGCUCGUCUCUGGGCUGGCAUGUUUGGGCCGAGUCCAGGCUUUCUUGGAGUGCGAGACUCGCCAUGAUUUUCGCCAAGUUCUUGCUGAAGUAAGGCAUAAUGCAGAAAAGGCCCCAGAUGACACCGAAUCUUCGUCUGAUUCGGCAUUGAUCAUCCGAAACGGAAAUUUCGGUUGGGAAGCAGGCAAGUCCGUCUUGCGGAACGUAAAUACUCGAAUCUCCAAGUCCUCACUCACCGUUGUCGUCGGACCCGUUGGCUCCGGGAAAUCUACGCUCUGCAAGGCACUACUUGGAGAGAUACCUUUUAGCGAAGGUAGCGUGAUUUCAAGUAGGUUCGCUCACAUUGGAUAUUGCGAGCAAACGGCAUUUCUCUUGAACGGGUCGAUCAGAGACAACAUCGUGGGAUUCUCCCCUUUCAACAACGAGAGAUAUGCGGAAGUCAUCGAUGCUACGGCUUUGAGCUUCGACUUUACCACGCUCCCGCAAGGAGAUCAAACAAAUGUUGGAUCUGAUGGAAUCACAUUAUCAGGGGGCCAGAAACACCGCGUUUCUCUCGCGCGAGCUCUGUAUCUGCAGUCGGACUUGCUAGUUCUCGACGAUAUCUUCAGUGGGUUGGAUGCGGAUACCGAGGAACGGGUUUUUCAGCGAGUCUUCGUGCCAGGUGGACUACUCAGGCGACGACGCUCUACGGUCGUGUUGUGCACCCAUAGCAUCAAACACCUACCUGCAGCGGAUCACAUAAUAGUACUCGGAGAGGGCACCGUUGCCGAGCAAGGUAGUUUUGGGGAACUGAUGACCGGUCAAGGUUAUGUUCAGCGUCUGAGAUUAAAGGGUUUUCCAGAUAGCGAUGCUUCGUCCGAGACAACUACGUCAAUGCGGAGCGUGCAGGGAUCGAAGCAGCAACUACUCCAUACGACAACGAACGGCGCAGUGCCUCUUGCGCCGGACACCGAUAAAUCGAGGCAAGUUGGCGAUAAAACGGUAUACAAGCAUUACGUCAAGAGCAUGGGUUUGUUGCCGGCAGCAUUUAGUCUGCUCUUCGCCAUUCUUUGGGGUUUUUUCACGAACUUUCCAUCAAUCUGGCUCACGUACUGGACUGACGACGUCUACUCGGAACAUCCGGCGCACUCUUACGCUUACUACGCCCGGAUAUAUGCUUUGUUCCAAGUAUGCGCCCUGGUAUCGCUGCUUCUCCUCGCCAUAACGCUCUGGGUUGUCGUUAUAAAACGAGCAGGUGCCAAUAUUCACCAGGAAGCCUUGCGAACUCUUAUUCGAGCACCAUUGAACUUCUUCACCAAGACGGAUACUGGUGUCGUUACAAACCUAUUUUCGCAGGACCUGAACCUCAUAGACACGGAGCUACCAGAAGCAACGUUGAACGUUUUGUUUUGCAUCUUUCAAGUACUCGGGCAAGCGGCUGUCAUGCUUACUUCGUCCGUGUGGUUGGCCAUAGCCUAUCCGCUCAUCGGCGCUAUAAUGUAUGUAGUGGGAAGGUUCUACCUGCGGACUUCCAGGCAGCUCAGAUUUCUUGACCUUGAGGCUAAAAGCCCCUUAUACACACAUUUCCUUGACACUGUUAAGGGCAUCACAACUCUGAGAGCCUUCGGUUUCCUUCCCGACGAUGUCCAAAAGAACGCUCGCUUGAUUGAUACUAGCCAACGACCGGCGUACCUCCUCCUCAUGAUUCAAGAGUGGCUCAACCUCGUUCUUGGCCUCGUAGUCAUGCUCAUAGCAGUGGUCCUGGUUACUCUUUCCGUCCGGCUUCACUCCAAGUCUGGUUUCGCCGGCGCUGCUUUGUACAGCCUCAUUUCUCUCGGCGAAAACCUCACGGGCAUGGUCCUACAAUACACUAGGCUAGAAACCUCUAUUGGAGCGAUUGCCAGACUCAAAACGUUCAACGAAACCGUCAAGCCGGAGGACAGAGAUGAAGAGGACAUUGUUCCUCCCGAACAGUGGCCUCACGCGGGCGUGGUAGAAUUGAAGGGUGUAUCCGCAGCUUAUGAUGCGGAAGUCCAAAUCGACGGCACACCCAACCUAGCUCUCCGCGACAUCCACCUGACAAUCGACUCGGGCGAAAAGGUAGCCAUCUGCGGCCGCACUGGCAGCGGCAAAUCCAGCCUCAUCGCGCUGCUUCUCAAGCUCCUCGAUCCCCUCUCCGAAACUGCAGGCAACGCGAUUAUCGACAACACGGAGCUCCGUCGCAUCCACCGGCCCGCGCUACGCCAGCGCAUCAUCGCAGUGCCACAGGAAGCCGUGUUCUUGCCCGACAGCACUACCUUCCAGACCAACCUGGAUCCGUCCGAUGUCUCAGCGCCCGAGGAAUGCCAAGCGGUUCUCGCGGCCGUCGGCCUGUGGGAGUUUGUUCUCGAGCGCGGCGGUCUGCACGCAGGAAUGAGCUCGGGGACGCUCAGCGCCGGGCAGCGGCAACUCAUCUCGGUUGGGCGCGCGCUGCUUCGACGUCGCAUCCGGGCGCGGAAUCUAGAGCGUAUGGGUAUAUCUGCAGACAGCGGUAUCUUGUUGUUGGAUGAGGUGAGCUCGAGCGUAGAUCACGAGACGGAACGUGUGAUUCAGGAGAUCAUCAGGACGGAAUUCAAAGACUACACGGUUAUAGCGGUGAGCCAUCGGUUGGACAUGAUUAUGGACUUUGAUACAGUCGUUGUCAUGGACUCGGGAGCGGUAGUGGAGGUUGGGAAUCCCGCGGUGUUGGCUGGGGAAGCGGGGACGAGGUUUGGGGAUUUGGUGAGGGCUGGGGCUAAGGAGAAAUCAAGGUGA